AUGCUCAUCAUUACCAGCGGUGACUCCUAUUCCCAAACCGGCUUCAACAUCAGUGGUAGCUAUCCUUCUGCUACAAACCCUCUCGGAAACCCAGAACUUCCCGGCCAGACAACUAGCGGAGGAUUAAACUGGAUCGGCUUCUUGGCUUCCCAAUACAACACCUCGCUCAUCUUGUCUUUCAACUUUGCUUACGGUGGUGCAACCACAAACGCGAGCAUUGUUGCCCCUUGGAGCCCCUCCGUUCUUAGCCUUAUUGACCAGGUGAACCUUUUCAGCAAUAGUAUUGCUUCCAAGCCGCCGUCUGCGCCCUGGAACAGUCACAAUACCCUAGCCGGUAUUUGGAUGGGAAUAAAUGACAUUGGGGGCUCCUAUGCGCGGCCUGACCUAGAGAUGGUCCUCAUAGAGGUCAUGAAUAGUUACUUCAGCCAGUUACAGAUCCUGUACAAUGCAGGAAUCAGAAACUUUAUGCUACUUACUGUCCCUCCCAUGCAAAAGACACCAUUAAUGAUUGAGAGAGGCAGCGAAGUCGUUACCCAAGAGACCGCUGCAGUUGAAAAAUACAACAGUCUUCUCGCGACGUAUCUUUCCAAAUUUCUGUCGUCUAACACUCAUUCCAGGGCAAAGUUGAUACACACGCAACGCCCUUUUGACACAGCAAUUAACAAUCCAACCGCCUACGGGGCACCUAAUGCAACUUGCGUCAAUUGGGAUGGAACGUCCUGUCUCUGGCGUGAUCCCUAUCACCCUGGAGUCGCGAUUCAGAACCUUACAGCCCAGCAUGUGCUAACCGAGCUUGAAGGCUGGUUCUUGCGAAGGGAUCAUUAG